UUCCUAUAAAUUCUCACCACCCUCUUUAAUGCACUGCACAUAUAAACAACUAAAACAGCUAUGGCUUCCAUUUCCCACCUCCCAUUUUUUUCUUAUGCCUUUGCUUCCCUUCUCUUUUUAUCCACUCUCCUGAGUUUAAGUCAUGCUUCUAUUGAACAACCAUCUUCUAUAAAGUGCCCAAUUCCAGCAUCACUUGAGCCUAACUCUAACAUAUCUUUAGGCACUCUACAAUUAUCACAUUCUGAGGCAUCUAUUGAACAACCAUCUUCUAUAAAGUGCUCAAUUCCUGCAUCACUUGAGCCUAACUCUAAUAUAUCUUUAGGUAUUCCACAAUUAUCACAUCCUGAUAUCCUACCGGUUUCAGAGCCAUUGCCUGGGAUCCUAGACAGUGAAACCUUGGUUGCAUCUACUGAGCAACAAUCUUCAAUAAAGCCUCCAAUUCCAGCAUCACAUGAGCCUGACCCUGAUAGAUCUUCAGCUACACUAUCAUUGCAUUCUGAUAUUUUACAUUUAUCAGAGCCAUUGCCUUCAAGGGAGUCAAUACCGUACCGGAGGCUGUACCGGUUUGGCCAGCGGAUCCAAGGACAGAACAGGAGCUUGGGACCAGUCCCAGAGUUAGGCAUAUGUUUCCCGUGGACAACUUUCGUCUUCCACUUGUUGCUCCUGUUUCUGUUGCUACAGCUGCUGCAAUUUCUUCUAUUCCUUCCCUUGCUCUUUGGCAUGCUCGUCUUGGUCACGCAUCUUCCUCUUGGGUACAACAAUUGGCUUCUAGAGGACAAAGAAAAUUUUCAAGCUGACUGACUGAGUUUAUGGAAAAAGAUCAAGAAUCAAGAUGAAGAUGAAGAAAAGAAAGGUAAGAAUACAGAU